ACCGGCAAAUUCUCUGAAGGACAGGAAGAAGUUGACCAGGGCACCUACUCCCCGGGGUUUUCGUGACUCGAUUCUAACUACAGCAGCGGGGAGACCUGUGUUACCUACACAUCCUUCAAAUAUUAAAAUCAACAGGCAGCAGCAAUGCAGGAACCAGAGAUCUGUUACAUUCUAGAUGCCAUCCUUUUUCUCUAUGGUAUUAUCCUCACAGCUCUCUACUGCCACCUGAAGAUAAAGACGAACAGAGAGAAGAAAAAGGCAGAGUCUCACGUUUAUGAUCAUCUCAAUAAUCCUGAAAAGAGAAUCUACGAUGUAAUUGGAGGGGAUAAAGCUAUAGAAAUGAAGAAAGGGGCAAACGAAGGCUUGUACACUGGUCUGGGCCCUGUGGAAAAGGGCACUUAUGAAACACUGACCGACAAACGAACCUGAAGCCUUAUCUAAAAAAACGUAGCAUCUACUUCACCAUCAGCAUCCCCUGUGUACCCGUGUGUAUUGAAUCAAUAUCUCCUCGAGAAGCAAUCUGUUGAAUAAAUUGUCUUUUACAAAUACUCUCUUUCGCUAGCAGAACUUAGAAACAGGAAAACUGUUGGGAAAAGCUUUAUUAUUUGGGGGAUCAUUGGGCAUUGCUUCAAAACUUGCUCAGUACCAGUACAGGAGUAGGUGGAGAGUGCCCGCUUCUGAUGGUCAAAAACAAGUAAACAUUGAAACAGCUGCAGUUACGCAAGCGCUUCCUCAUUACUAGAAGCAAAGACUUCCUAUUAAUUGCCAAUUACCCAGACGCUCUUGCUACAAUUUCACAGUAACAAAGAUUUAUUUUCAUUUUUUAAUACAUUUAACUUUUGUAUUUCACAUAAUUAUUAUAAAUAACAAUGUUUUGUUUUUUUAAUGUACAUGGUUACAUAAUUAUCGCUGGCAAAACAAAAAAAACCUAUUUGGAGCAACUUGAAUCAACAAGGUAUUACGCAGCAUAUUAAAGGGGCACUAUAGUCACCAAAACCACUUUAACUUAAUGAAGCAGUUUUGGUGUAUAGAUCGUGCCUCUGAAGUUUCACUGCUCAAUUUUCUGCUAUUUAGGAGUGAAAUCACUUUUGUUUCUGUUUAUGCAGCCAUAACCACAUAUCCUCUGGCUGUGAUUGACACAGCCUGCAUGAAAACAAAAUGGUUUUACUUUCAAUCAGAUAUAACUUACUUUAAAGGUUUUUAUCUCCUGCUUUGUAAAUUGAACUUUAAUUACACACAGGGGGCUCCUGCAGGGUCUUGCAAGCUAAUAACUGUGCAGGAGCUAAGAAAUUCUAAAUUAAACAGAAUGUGUAAUAAUGCAAGUGCAAACAUUAGAUGACCCUUUACAGGAAGUGUCUAGGAAGUUUGUGUGUCACAUGCAGGGAGGUUGCAUAAACAAAGUGAUUUAACUCCUAAGUGGCAGAGAAUUGGACAGUAAGUCUGCAGGGGCAUGAUCUAUACACCAAAACUGCUUCAUUAAGCUAAAGCUGUUUUGGUGACUAUAGUGUCCCUUUCACUAUUACAUCCUUGAAAAUGUAGUUUUCCAAAAAUUGGACUGGCAUUUAAAAAAAAAAAAAUCUGUGCAAAUAUGUAUGUAUGUAUCACUUACUCGAAAGUUAAUAGAAUAAUCUGCAGUUGUUUACAGUGUACCUAUCUUGAUAUAUACAACCUGGUUUAGAAUUAAAGAGCAUUAAAUGUUA